AUGACAGACGCUAUGGCUGAACAGUCUUCCAUCGACCAGGAAAUUGAGAGGUUGGUCUCGAUCGGCAAUGACAGGUCAGUAUACCGGCUGGCUCAGUCAACACCAGCAGACUCUUAUGCGCUUGCAAAAAAACUCCCUGUCAUGUCCGAGGGCGCUCCGGAGCCUAUGAAAGCAGCGUUAUUAGAUAGUGGGAUCGAGCUAUCCACAGCCGACAAAAAUGCAAACAGCCGUGAACCGACCAUUGUCUUCAAAGAUUGGGUGAAACCGGACAACACGGCUUGGAGAGAUGACAAUGGCCACGGGACUCAUCUCGCAGCUAUCUUUCGCAAGGUUGCACCUCAUGCUGCGCUGUAUGUCGCCCGAGUGUAUGACCAGCCCAUCAAUAUCGAUACUUCUGAAGACAGGAUUGCAGAGGCAAUCAUGCACGCUACCGACGAGUGGAACGUUAACAUGAUUAUCAUGCCCUGGGGGUAUACCAGUAGUCCAUCCGGGAGAUCAAGGAUCGCUGAGGCGUUGCGCCACGCAAAGUCCAAGGGGGGAAGGCCUUAGGGAAGCCUUGUAAAUGUACCCCUAGCCCUCGAGACGGCAAGAGGACCAUGGCCUUUGGAGGCAAGAUAGAAUCUGCCGCCCCACCCCAUCUCGAAAGAAAAAAAAAUCGAUGGGAAUAACACGG